AUGGAUGAGAACGGAGGAGACCAAAUGGCCUCCCUGAAGGACUUACUGGAAUACGACGAAGAGGCAGUGAUUGACCAGGGAAAAUGGAGCAGCACUGCCAGCAUUCACUAUGAGGAUGAGCUGGAAACCAGUCCACCCCAGCGGGUGCAGGCCAUCCUUGGGAGCCAGGAGGACGAGCAGCAUGCUCCCCACAAACUCUUCUGCCAGCUGGCUGAGAUCUGCGUGGCAGAGGGGGAAGCUGCUGAGUGGAAGGAUGCAGCAAGGUGGUUCAGGUUUGAGGAGGACGUGGAAGACGGUGGCGAGCGCUGGAGCAAGCCCUACGUGGCCACACUGUCCCUGCCCAGCCUCUUGCAGCUGAGGAGCUUCAUCAGCAGUGGCACAGUGCUGCUGGACAUUGGGGCCAGUGGCAUGGAAGAGAUUGCAGAUGCCAUCCUGUGCCAGCAGGGACACAGCUCCGGGCUUGAUGAGGAGGCGCUGGCAAGAGUGCGAGAAGUGCUUCUGCUGCAGCAUCAGCAUCGGAUCAGCAAGGAGAGGAAGAGCUGCCUCUGCCUGAGAAUUGCUUCUUGUGCCCAGGCGGAGCUGCGCUUGCUGAAGAGAAUUCCCAGCGGGGCUGAAGCCUGCAGCCUGCUCGUAGGGGAGCUGGGGGCCCUUCAGCAGCCCCUCCUGGCCUUUGUCCGCCUGGCCCAGGCUGUCCUCCUCCCGGGGCUGACCGAAGUGCCCAUCCCAACCAGGUUCCUCUUUGUUUUGCUGGGACCAGCAGGAAGAGCCCAGCAGUACCAUGAGGUCGGCAGGGCCAUGGCUACUCUCAUGAUGGAUGAGGUUUUCCAAGCAGUUGCCUACAAAGGCAAGAAGCCAGGUGACCUGGUGGCUGGCCUGGAGGAGUUCCUGGAGCGGGUGAAGGUCUUGCCAGCAGGCCAGUGGGAUCCCUCCAUCCGGAUCAAGCCCCCGGAAAAGGUCCCUCCCCAGGAGAAAAGGAAGGUGCCAGGAGCUGUGGAGGGCAGCGCUGCGCCGAGCGAGCCGGCGAGACACGCUGGGCCUGAGCUGGAGUGCACAGGAAGCUUGCAGUGUCUGGCGUCCGUCCUCUUCCUCUACUGUGCCUGCAUGUCCCCUGUCAUCACCUUCGGCGGCCUGCUGGGGGAGGCGACCGAAGGCUACCUAAGUGCCAUGGAGUCCCUGAUGGGUGCCUGCCUGUCCGGCGUGGUCUAUUGCCUCUUUGCUGGGCAGCCUCUCACCAUCCUUGGCAGCACCGGACCCGUCCUUGUCUUUGAGAAGAUCAUCUACCAGUUCUGCAAGGACCAGGCGCUCUCCUAUCUGUCCCUGCGGGCGUGCAUCGGGCUCUGGACCACCUUCCUCUCCCUGGUGCUGGUGGUGACCGACGCCAGCUCCCUGGUGCGCUACAUCACUCGCUUCACCGAGGAGACCUACGCCUCCCUCAUCUGCCUCAUCUUCAUCUACGAGGCUCUGGAGAAGCUGAGUGCCCUGCGACUCACCUACCCUGUGCACACGCCCAGCGCCCUCGACUCCCUCACCACCUACAGCUGCAAGUGUGUGGCACCAGCCCAGCCCAGCAACCAAACCCUGCGUUUCUGGGAGAGCACCAAGGUCAACGUGUCUGGCAUCGCCUGGCACAACCUCACGGUGACUGAGUGUCAGCGUCUGCGGGGAGAGUUUCAAGGCCCUGCCUGUGGGCCCCAUGGCCCCUACACGCCUAAUGUCUUCUUGUGGUGCUGCAUCCUCCUCUUCUCCACCUUUGCCCUGGCCAGCUUCCUGAAGAACCUGAGGAGCAGCCCUUUCUUCACCACCAAAGUCCGCUCCAUCAUCAGUGACUUUGCUGUUUUCCUCACCGUGGUCACCAUGGUGCUGAUCGACUUCCUGGUUGGGAUCCCCUCGCCCAAGCUCCAGGUGCCCAGUGUGAUAAAGCUGACCAGAGACGACCGCGGGUGGUUCAUCAGCCCCAUAGGACCCAACCCUUUGUGGACAGUGUUCGCUGCGCUCCUGCCAGCUCUGCUCUGCACCAUCCUGGUCUUCAUGGACCAGCACAUCACGGUUGCUAUCGUCAACAGGAAGGACCACAAGCUGAAGAAAGGAUGUGGCUACCACCUGGACCUCUUCAUGGUGGCCGUGCUGCUCGGGGUGUGCUCCCUGCUGGGCCUGCCCUGGUUUGUGGCUGCCACUGUGCUGUCCAUCACCCACGUGAACAGCCUCAAAGUGGAGUCUACCGACUCAGCUCCAGGAGAGCAGCCCAAGUUCCUGGGGGUGCGAGAGCAGAGACUCACUGGCUUGAUGGUCUUUGUGCUCAUGGGCUGCUCUGUCUUCCUGACCUCGGUGUUAAAGCUCAUCCCCAUGCCUGUGCUUUACGGCAUCUUCCUCUACAUGGGCGUGUCGUCGCUCCGAGGACUUGAGUUCUUCAAGCGCUUGCUGCUGGUGUUGAUGCCAGGCAAGCACCAGCCGGACUUCAUCUACCUGCGGCACGUUCCCCUGCGCAAGGUGCACUUCUUCACCUUCAUCCAGGUGCUCUGCCUCGGCCUGCUCUGCGCCAUCAAGAUGUCCCCUGCUGCCAUCAUCUUCCCCAUGCUGGAUUUGGCUCUGGUCUUGGUGCGGAAAGCGAUGGAAUUCUGCUUCUCCAAGCGGGAGCUCAGCUUGCUGGAUGACCUUCUGCCAGAGAGCAGCAAGAAGGGGGACAGUGCCACAAAGGAAGGCCAGCAAGAGGAGGCAGGGACAAAAAUCAGACGGAUGGGGGGUUGCAAAGUGCAGCUUGAGCGUUGCCCCCGUGGCACGGAGACUGUCGGGGGGGAGGAGACUGCUUCAGCUCUUCAAACAGGAGGGGAGGCCAAAACCCCGAGAGGCUUGCAGGAAGGGAGCAGAGCCCGCUCGGCCCUGCUGCUCUUCUGCCAUGCUGCCCACCUGUGCCCUGCCACUGCCGCCCUCCUGUGUCCGCCACGGCCCUGCCGCCCAGUUCCGCCCGUCGGGCCGGUCGGCCGCCGGCGAGGCAGGGGGCUCGGCAGCCGGCCGGGGCAGGUGAGGAGAGAGGCUGCGGGCUCGGGGUGGUGCCCGGCACAGCUGCUCCGGUCCGUGUGUGCGGCGGCCAGGGCUGCUCCCAGCGGCCCCGCACGGCACGGCGGUUACGGCCAGGAAGGGCUCCGUGCCCCGCGGAGCCUGCGCGGUGCUGGGCACGGCCCAAGUCGGUCGUGCGCGGCCCCGUGGCGUCGGUUACGGCCAGUGUUAUAA